AAAAAAGGAAAAAAGUUAUAAAUUAGACCUUCCUUCUUUUUCCAGAAAUUUAAAUUCCAUAUGAGAUUCCCCCAAAUUAGUCCAAUUCAAUGGAGGAAUUGAAACCCUAGGCUGCAAUUUAUGAGAGAGCGGUGUUUUCUGAGGAAGAAGAAAGUGUUUUUUCUCAUAGUAGGAAAAAGUAUAAAUUUCUAAUGCAUGUAGCAGUGGAUCUGAAUUCCUACUUGCAAUUUGUAUUGACGGCCAUAGCCGUCGUUGUAACACUACUUUACCUUGUUAAGAGCACCGCUUCUAAGUACUUUGUCGUUGACGACGACUCUAAUUUUGAGUCUUCUGCUUCGCCGACGGCCGGUUUUGGUGAUCGCAGAAUGGACCCGGCAACGCCGGAAGGUUGCGCCGUAUGCAGUAAUGUCACCAAAAAACAAUGCUCUCGUUGCAAGAUGGUUAAGUACUGCUCUGAAGCUUGCCAGAGAUCUCAUUGGAACUCAGGGCACAAAUUUAAAUGCAAGGAUUUACAGUUAUCUGGGAAAGGCAGUUCUUUGCAAGGGAGGAAAUCUUCUGCUGUUUCACUGACUCAUGCUAGUGGAACCUCUAAGAUUCUAGACCAUUCGAAGAAGGUACUUUUCCCAUAUGAGGAAUUCUUGGAACUCUUUAACUGGGAUAGCCCAGGUUUCCCACCUUGUGGGCUCCUUAAUUGUGGAAACAGUUGCUUUGCUAAUGUGGUUCUACAAUGUCUGACAUAUACUAAGCCACUUGUUGCCUACUUGUUGGAGAAAGGCCAUCUGAGAGAAUGUAGGCGGAAUGGUUGGUGCUUCCUUUGUGAAUUUCAACACCAUGUAGAACGGGCUAGUCGGAGUCAGCAGCCCUUCUCACCAAUCAACAUACUUUCACGGUUGCCUAAUAUUGGUGGUAAUCUCGGGUAUGGUAAGCAGGAGGAUGCCCAUGAAUUUAUGAGGUUUGCUAUUGACAUGAUGCAGUCUGUGUGCCUUGAUGAAUUCGGUGGAGAGAAGGCAGUUCCUCCUAACACACAGGAGACAACACUUAUUCAGCACAUAUUUGGUGGUCACCUGCAAUCUCAGGUCAUAUGUACAGAAUGCAGUAACGUUUCAAAUCAGUUUGAAAAUAUGAUGGAUCUGACAGUAGAGAUUCAUGGGGAUGCUGAAUCUUUGGAGGAGUGCUUAGAUCAAUUCACAGCAAGAGAAUGGCUUGAUGGAGAUAACUUGUAUAAAUGUGAUGGAUGCAAUGACUAUGUCAAAGCAUGGAAGCGCCUAAUGGUCAGGAGGGCACCAAAUAUCUUAACAAUUGCCUUGAAAAGGUUUCAGAGUGGUAGGUUUGGCAAAUUAAAUAAGAGAGUGACUUUCCCCGAAUCACUAGAUCUCCAUCCGUACAUGAGUGAAACAGGAGACGGCAAUGAUAUUUACAAGCUAUAUGCAGUUAUUGUUCACGUGGAUAUGUUGAAUGCGUCAUUUUUCGGCCAUUACAUAUGCUAUAUCAAGGAUUUUCGUGGAAGUUGGUACCGGAUCGAUGACUGCAAGGUGGUUAAUGUUGAUUUGGAUGAAGUGCUUUCUCAAGGAGCAUACAUGCUCUUAUAUAGCAGGAUCUACCCUCGGCGAACAUCCUUAUUUCCUCUUGGACCUUUAGAGAAAGAAGACCAAGAUACACUUACAGUGGAAGACAAACCGGGGUCCACAGACCAACAUGUUGAAUGUCUCAGUGAAACGGGGUCCCCGGCUACAGUUGUUAAUUCUUUUUCACCGCCAACUCUUAAUGGUUCAGAAUCUAAGAUCAUUGGGGACAAAGAGGAGCUAUUCUCCUUGACCAACCCCGAGGACAGAAUGGAGGAUCAGGAGGUAGAUUUUGUGGCAAGUUCUCAUGUCCAGCAGGAGCUGCAGGAUGUUAAACCAUACACUGCAGCUAUAGGAACUUCUUUCCCUAGAGUGGUAUCCAGUAGUUCCUUUGGGGGUAGUUUUUCGGCUGAAGCUGACAUUCAAGAAUGUGAAACAAUAUCCCCUGUUUCUGACAGUAAAGAUGAUACUGAACCAUGUCAAAGAACCACCAAUGACUGUCUUUUGAAUUCUUCUUUUAAGGAGGAUUCUGUAGCUACAAAUGGUGAAAUUCUGGAUGAUGCUUCAUCCUCUGCGUCAAUAGCUAACCAGAAAGAAAAAAAAUCAUCUCAUGGAAUCCACAAUGUGGUCCUGAAAUCACGUGGAGGGAGUUUCUCUGGAGCAAAGUCGAAGCCACUGUUUUCCCCUGGGUUUCUUGGGAAACGUCCAUUGAACCAAUGUGCCAAGAAAGAUGUCUCACGGAAAGUUUGCAAUAGCACACUUAAUGGUCUGACAAAUGCCUGUACCAAGCCUGAAUUGUCUGGUGAAAACCACAUGGAUAUGGAUGACCAAGAUACUAAUGUGGAAAUAAAAAAUUCCGAGUCUAGUAAUGUGUCAAUUGAACAAGCUGCAAUUUCUCUUAAUGAGACUAACCAUUUGUAAAUCUGGGGAAUCAAGUCACCUUGGGAAUGGAGAUUCUGCUGUCCCUGUUGAAUGUGAUUGGAGCAACAAUCAGCUAUCAGCAAUAGCUAGAGCCUGGGCUUAGAUAGUAAAUCUUAUGGAUGAGCUGAAAUAGAACCUCUUAAGUGUCAAGGAAGAAGUUGGAUAACUCCUACAAGAAUUCAGAGAAGAUUACUUGUGUCAAAAUUAUAUAUUAUGAUUGUUUUCCCAUUUAGCCCCUUUUUAAGUUUUCUAGAGGUCUAAUUCUUUACCACAAGGGGACACUGCAUAGCUUUCUCUUUCAACAUUGUCAGAGAGCUUCUUCAGAUGUUGACAAUAAACUGGAAAAAAUCAUCGUACCCCCCUCGUCACAAUAGAACAAGCUGGGAGUUUUUUCCAGGGUUUCAAUAUUUGAAGGAAUCUUGGAUAAACUUGUGUCCUUUUGGCUGGGUUCAUCUAGCGAGAAGGAAUUGUCCACAAUACAUUUGUGGCAUGGAUAGAAGUGCCAUAAUUUUGAGAAGUUCCAUUAAUUGGAUGCUGUUAUUGGUGCCUAAGCAUCUGUUGUAAAUGCUAAUUCUUUUGUUCUUAUAGUUGUUCAACACUGGGUGCUGUAGUUUAGAAUGAUAAUUCUUGUUUACUUCU